GGGACAGGCCAUGGAGCUGGUGUACCCCCAUGACUUCAGGCUCACCGAGAAGGAGAAAACGAGCAUCUGCUACCUGUCCUUCCCAGACUCCUACUCAGGUGGCCUCGGGGACACGCAGUUCAGUUUCCGGCUGCGCCAGGCCGGGGGCUCCCGCAGCUCCCCGUUCCAGGAUGACGGCAGGUACAACCGGGAGGCGCCCCUCACUCUGCAGCGAGAGGCCGCUCACUAUUUCGGGUACGUGUACUUCCGGCAGGUCAAGGACAGCUCCAUGAGGAGGGGCUACUUCCAGAAGUCCCUGGUGCUGGUGUCCCGCCUGCCCUACGUGAACCUGUUCCAGUGCCUGCUGCAGCUGAUUGCUCCGGAGUACUUCGACAAGCUGGAGCCCUGCCUGGAGGCAGUGUGCAACGAGAUCGACCAGUGGCCACCACCAGUGCCCGGCCAGACCCUGAACCUGCCCGUGAUGGGAGUUGUCAUCCAGGUGAGGAUCCCAUCCCGGGUGGACAAGCCAGGCUCCAGCCCAGUGAAGCAGUGCAACCAGGAGAACCUGUUACCAGCCCCCCUGGUUCUCCCCAGUGUUCAUGAGCUGGAUCUGUUCAGGUGCUUCCAGCCAGUGCUGAUCCACAUCCAGAUGCUGUGGGAGCUGAUGCUGCUGGGGGAGCCCAUGGUGGUGAUGGCACCGUCCCCAAGCGUGUCCUCAGAGAUGGUGCUGGCCCUCACCAGCUGCCUGGCCCCGCUGCGGUACUGCUGCGAUUUCCGGCCCUACUUCACCAUCCACGACAGCGAGUUCAAGGAGUACACCACGCGCACCCAGGCCCCGCCCAACAUCGUCGUGGGCGUCACCAACCCCUUCUUCAUCAAAACCCUGCAGCACUGGCCACACAUCCUGCGGGUGGGCGAGCUCCGCAUGGCAGGGGACCUGCCCAAGCAGGUGAAGGUGAAGAAGCUGGCCAAGCUGAAAACCCUGGACACCAAACCAGGAAUCUACACUUCCUAUAAAACGUUCCUUCACAAAGACAAAACCCUGAUAAAAAGGCUACUGAAGGGCAUCCAGCGGAAGCGCCCCUCGGAGGUGCAGAGCGCUCUGCUGAGGAGGCACCUCCUGGAGCUCACCCAGAGCUUCAUCAUCCCUCUGGAGCACUACAUGGCCAGCCUGAUGCCUCUGCAGAGGGCCAUCACUCCGUGGAAGAACCCCCCCCAGAUCCGCCCCUUCUGCCAGGAGGAUUUCAUGAAGAGCCUGGAGCACGCCGGCCCCCAGCUCACCUGUGUGCUCAAGGGGGACUGGCUGGGGCUCUACAGGAGAUUCUUCAAGUCCCCCAAUUUCGACGGCUGGUUCCGGCAGCGGCACCGCGAGAUGAGCCAGAAGCUCGAGGCCCUGCACCUGGAGGCCAUCUGUGAGGCGGACAUUGUGGCCUGGAUGAAGGACAAGUCUGAGGUGGAGAUUGUGGACCUGGUGCUGAAGCUUCGGGAGAAGCUGGUGAGGGCUCGCUGCCAGCACCUGCCCGUGAAGGAGGAGACCCUGCAGAGGGUGAGUCUCUACAUCGACACCAUCAUCGGCUCCCUGCCCGAGGACCUGCAGGCUGUGCUGCACCACCCCUGAUGCUCGUGGAGCAGGAGGAGCUGGCCGGCCCGUCCCAGCCCGUCCCACCCUGGGGCAGCCCUUACGGAGGAGGUCCCGCCCUGCUGCAGCCGGGGUGG